AUGGCCGUGGCUAUGGCCGCGUUGGCGCGGAAGAUGGGCUGGACUUCCAUGAAGUUCCACGUCACAUCUGCCGCGGCGCACCUGGCGCGCGCCAGUGUGCUCAAGUACACGGUCGCCAGCCGCGGCCUGGGCCACGCCAUGUGGAGCUGCGACUACCACACCAUGGGCGCGGCCCUCAUCCGCCUCUUCAAGAUGCUCCGCCCUUCCCGUCUCCGCGGGCCCGCGCCCGACCCCUCCACGUUCCUUACCCUCUCCAAGGACAUCAUCGGCCAGACGAACAUGUGCAUCAAAAACCUCGACGACGUCGCCGUCGAGUUGAUGCACUGGAGCCAGUACAAGAUCUACUCGCUCCUUCCCCCCAGCAUCCUCCGCGCGGUCCUCAACAACUGGCCGAAGAACGGCGGCAACAAGUUCAACAGGCUCUUCCCGGCCUUGGGCCCCGAAGAACGCAAGGCGAUCAAGGCCGCACUCAACCUUUAG